AUUAACCAAUAAAUGGGGGAAAUAUCUGAUCUGUUUGGAUGAUGUUGAGAGGACAUCCAAAUAACCAUCUUAGUUGAGCUAUAUAAACUCCUAGUUCCUCCAUUCUAUAAAACACACAAGAAAAAGAAAAAUAUAACCAUCUAGCCUUAAAAUACAAAUCUUCUCAAUGGGAAUCCAAAUGAUGAAGCAAUGCCCUCAAUUUGGUUGUUGUGCAUUGGCAUUUUUCUUGUUUGCCACAUGCACUAUGGCAUAUUCACCUUAUUCUUAUGAAUCAACAGAUUCAACGUAUAAUAAAAUACCAAGCACAGUAGCUAAAAGUGAAGACUACAAGCUACCCUUAGUGCCUAAAGAAGAAUACAAGGUACCUUCUUUGGCAAAGAAUGACUACUACAAGAAGCCAUCAAUUCCAGAAGAUAACUAUAAGAAGGUGUCAUCUGUCCCAAAGGUACCCUCAGUGCCUAAACAGGAAUACAGGGUGUCUUUUUUACCGAAGAAUGACUACUACAAGAAGCCAUCAUUUCCAAUGUAUAACUACAAGAAGGUCCCAUCUGUUCCACAGGUAUCCUCAGUGCCUAAACAGGAAUAUAAGGUGCCUUCUUUUCCAAAAAAUAACUACUACAAGAAGCCAUCAGUUUCAGACGAUAACUAUGAGAAGGUGCCAUCCAUUUCAAAAGAUAAUGACUACAAGGUACCCUCAAUGCCUAAACAAGAAUACAAGGUGUCUUCUUUGCCAAAGAAUGACUACUACAAGAAGUCAUCAGUACCAGAAAAUAACUACAAGAAAGUGCCAUCGGUUCCACAGAUACCCUUGGUGCCUAAACAAGAAUAUAAGGUGCCUUCUUUGUCAAAGAAUGACUACUACAAAAAACCAUCAAUUCCAGAAGAUAACUACAAGAAGGUGUCAACUAUUCCAAAGGUACCCUCAGUUCCUAAACCAGAAUACAAGGUACCUUCUUUGGCAAAGAAUGAUUACUACAAGAAGCCAUCAAUUUCAGAAGAUAACUAUAAGAAGAUGUCAUCAGUCCCAGAGGUACCCUCAGUGCCUAAACAGGAACAUAGGGUGUCGUCUUUACCAAAGAACGACUACUACAAGAGAUCAUCAGUUUCAGAAGAUAACUAUGAGAAGGCGCCAUCAAUUUCAAAAGAUAACGACUACAAGGUACCCUUAAUGCCUAAACAAGAAUAUAAGGUGCCUUCUUUUCCAAACAAUGACUACUACAAGAAGUCAUCAGUACCAGAAAAUAACUACAAGAAAGUGCCAUCGGUUCAUCAGAUACCCUUGGUGCCUAAACAAGAAUACAAGGUGCCUUCUUUGUCAAAGAAUGACUACUACAAAAAACCAUCAGUUCCAGAAGAUAACUACAAGAUGGUGUCAACUGUUCCAGAGGUACCCUCAGUUCCUAAACCAGAAUACAAGGUGUCGUCUUUGCCGAAAAAUGACUACUUCAAGAAACCAUUACCUUCUCCAUCACCACCACCUCCAUAUUAUUAAACUUUCAUGUUCAAUAUGUUUCAGGAAGUCCUCCAGCUCAACAUAGAUAACCCAUAGGGUUCUCUUACUCUAAGUUGGAAGUCAUGAUAUCAAAAUUUGUAAUUCUUUAUUUUAUUUUAAUUUCGUUUUUUUCCUACUUCGAGUUACAAUUGUUUUGUCAUUUAUAUUCUAUUUGAUAACAAAAUCAGACCAAAAUGAGUUUGAAAACUAUUCUGUA